CUGCUACCAGUCAGUAUUGUCGCGUAUCCUGAACCAGUCUGGUCGUUCGGAAUCCAGUGUACGAUUAGUCGCAGGUUUAGUGCUGUUUUUUUCUGGAUAAUCUCUGCUCAUCCACGUGUAGUGCGUAAUGUAGCUUUCUAGCAGGAUGAUUUCCAACGAGUGUUGCGAGCUUUAGGUGCCAAAUAUUGAAGGAGUACCAGGUUACCGAACCAUAAGCAGUUGAUAAAAAAUAUAUAUCGUAUGAUUGCGUGCUGUUUCGUAUGUAUUUGCUUGCUAGUGAAAAAAGGGAAGGAAAGUUGUCUUGAUUUUUUCCGAGUGCGGUAGCUAUUCGAAGCCGGUGUGGGAGGACAAGCGGCUGAAGCAGAUGAUAUGUGUCACUGGCGGUUGUAACCGCGUCAACCAGAGUGAGCCAAGUGUGUGUGUGUGCAUGUGUGAGUGUGUAAGUGUUUCCUAGUGGCCUAUCAGUACGCAACAGGAGAAAUUUUGUGCGUAAUGAUAAGGCGCUGUCAAGUGGAAAAUUGAUCCAGAAUGAUAUGGUGGAAAGCUGGCAUCGCCGGUAUGUCCAUUGGUGAAUGAGGAACUAGGAAACCGUGCUGAAUUGAUCAUACUUUUGCAAUCCUCAAGCAUUUUGGCGGGGUGGUUUAUUCCUUUGUAAAUAACUAAACUCUUUGGAGAAAUCAUCGAUUUCGAAUAACACUCGUCCGUCGUCGUCGUCGUUGAGCCAGCGAUGGAAUCAGAAGCGGCAUCAAAAAACAACAACAACAACUUGGCGACCGCAAAACAACAAUAACCGUUGGAGACAUCCUGCAAGAUAUGCAAUCCGUUAAACACGAAAUGAUUCAAGUGCUGCUAAUUUGCAUUAUCGUCAUCCUGUGACCUCACAAGCUGACAACUUUUCCGGAAUUUAAGAGAAAUUGUGUGCCACGGCACGGCAUGAGUGCUGAUGCUUAUUGUGUUGCAUAUAUUUCGGGAAUAGAAUCUGAGUCGUUCCUGUGCGGUGUGCCGUUGUGAAAAGGUGAAUUUUGUGGAAUGACACGAAAAAGCAAACAAUUAUGACAUCUUUCGGUAUUCACAUUCAAGAGAAGAGCGGAAGAAAAUUAGUAUGCCGUGAGAAAAAUGCAUCGUUUUCGGUUAAGUGAAACCAUCGGUUCCCGAAGUGGGGUCUGGAGUUAAUUAGCCAGUCGGGCGUUCGAUCCGGUGAUACGCGAUCUGAACAGAUUAAUUCCCUUUUCCCCGAAUCAAUUUGUGUUCUCCGGUAAAUAGACAACAACGGAAAGGUGAAUUCCCUGGGCGCUUGUGUGCGUGGCAGUAGCGGUGCCUCAUCGUCAUCAUUGCCGUCGACGUCCUCGGUUCCACGCCCUACCGGCGGUGGCGGCGGGGGAACCAUCGGUGCUACCCACGCUGACACUUGUGCUACCGGUGCCGCCGCCGCUGCUGCUACUGCUGCUGCUGCCACUUCCAACAUGGAUGACAUCCCACCGCCACCUCCACGCAAAAGCUCCCUCAGCAUCGAUCGGGCGGCGUUCCUGCUGCUACGGGUCAAAAAGGCCUUCAAAAAGAAACGUCAACAGCGGAAGGAUAAAUUAACCCUUCACAACAUCCACGAACCGGUCGGCGGAGCUCGGCCGCUGUACGGAUCCCGUCCCAUCGAAAAAAGAGCAAGACUUUCCCGUUCACUGACACUUCCGAUCUUCAAUUUUGGCGGCGCUAGUGCAUUCGUCGAUCGACUGCAGCAGCAAACCCAACCGCUGGAAUCUUUCAAAACGUCAUCCAAUAACUUCCUGUACGAGUCCAAGAUCACCAACGUUAGUACACCAAUUAGUGGGAACAGCCCUAAAAUCCUGCUGACCACCACCGAUGAUACCUCGUUUGAUUACCGAAGAAAAUCAUCCGGAGGAAGCGGCCUGUUUACGCCUAGUGGAGGACCACCCUCUGUAGCUCCAGCCGAUCCGCACAUCUACGAUUUCGACGAAAAGCGUUCCAGCGCCGAUGGGUCGGUUGUGAUAAGCAUUACGUCUCCCACCGCAUACCAAAUUCCGACGUCGAAAUCCUUUGGGCUCACUUCGUUCAACUUCGUCAAUCUACAGAAUGCAGCGAAUUCAGCAACAACUGCCUACAGCACCGGAAACAACUACGUGGGUUCCGGUAGAAAUAACAAUUUUAUUGGAAGUGGGAACGUAGCACCUAGUGAUUUAGGCGGCAGUAGCAUGAAACGGAGCAGUGACACGACUGCCUACGGUUCUGCUGUUUCCGCACAGCUUAUUAACAGUAGCACCAACAACGCCAUCUACCGGCUCGCUAGGAUCAUUAACCAAACAACGAAAGCCACCGGACCGUGUGGGUUUACACUGCCGGCACCGGGCCUGGACACCACUCAUCACCAGCAGGUCAACGAUGACUCGGCCCGUAGGUUGUCAUGGGAAAGGCGCGACAAGGAUUGUAAACCGAUUCCUCGCUCGUCCAGUAUCGAUUCGAUGGUGGACGUCGUGUGGAAUGAAUUCCCAAGCUCCGGUUCGAGCUCGGCUCGCAACUCGAUGUCCAAUCAAUCAUCGAAUCUGUUGUCCAAUGUUCCUUCCAAUUUGAACCUUUUCCUUAGCUCGAAUCGGCGCGAAAGUGUUCUCAGCCCGUCGUCCAACCGUCGGUCAAAGCAUCAGAGGGGAAUAUCCGAAAUCAGUCUACCGGACCUGGUGAGUCGUUCGCUGUCGACCGUAGGGCUUCCGCCGUGUCCAACCGUGAAACGUUGCGAUGAACGGUUUCCGGUAGAACCGAACCAAGCUUCCACUGUAUCCGCGGAUGCAGGCACAAUCGAAAGCACCCACCCGCCAGUUUCAUCGCCUACUCCGUCAAUCCUAUCGGUUCCGGCAGUUCUUACGGUGGAGGAUGAACGUACCCGGAAUUUAAGCCGAAUGACCAGCGCCAGCUCACCGAAUCUCAGUUCGGUUCAAACGAAAAAGAUGGAAUUUCUCCUUCCACACCAACAGCAUCCGCCGGGAUCGCAACCGGCCGUGCCUCCCAGCAAACGCCAAGUUUCACCGAAAAUCAUCAAAAAAACACGUCACCUCUCGACGAGUUCCGUCGAUGACGAAAGCGGUGCCACGCACAGCCCUAAGCCCAAUAACCACCGCAUCGGCAGUCUCAUCGAGACGAACAACAACAACAACAAUCAUAACGUUUCGAAUGGUAGCGGCUUCGGCGGAAGUGACGGUGGAAUCGAUGUGUUGGCAACGACCGGAAAGAUAUCCAGCGACCGGAGCGCUUCGGCCGGCGCACAUCAUCCCUACUGGAAGCAGAAAAUCACCAAAAAACAGCACAAAAUGGCCCAAGCCCAGCUCGAUAGGAUGACACAGAUCAAUAUUCACUUGCAUGCUCUGUUCGCAGCGGUUGAACAUGGGCACCUGGAGAAGGCCCGGACAAUUCUCGAGAGCACCGAUGUGGACGUCAACAGUUUGAACAGUGAUGGCCUGUCCCCCCUGGACGUUGCAGUUCUGAGUAAUAAUCGUUCGAUGACGAAGAUGCUGCUGCAGCAGGGGGCCAUCGAGAAUGCACACACCAUUCAAGCGGCCAACAACAACGUCGGGCUGCAUCUGAACAAUCUGCUCUGCGAAGCGGAAUCCACCAUCCACGAGCUGGGGAACUUCGAAUCAGGUCAGCCCGGACAGGGCAGCGGUGGAAUCGGUGGAACCAGUGGCAAGACGACCUUCUCCAAUAUUAUCGCCCUAAAUUAUAUGGUGGUGAAUAUACAGAGUUGUGGAAGUGGCGGUCCAUCGGUAACCAGCUGUACCGGAAGCGACGUCGAUAAGCAGGUUGGUCUCUGGGAGCGUCGCGUCAAGGGUCUCCGACGGAUGAUACUGGGCUGGGACCAAACCAAACCACCCGACCUACCUCAUCGCAUAGAAAUUGACGUUACCGGAUGCACCUCGAUCAGCCUAAGGUUGUACGAACCCCUCGAAGGUGCCAUAUCGACUAAGUUCAAAGUACAAUGGUCUUCACGGUCGGACUUCAGCAACAUUGUCGGCGAACGGGAAGUCAACGAGUGGACCAGCUUCCAUGGCUGCAUGGGUGCAAUGUGCAAUCUGAGUGAGUUAAUUCAGGGCCGGCGGUAUUUCUUCCGAGCUUGUGCCGGCAACAUCAAGGGAUGGGGACCGUUCAAGCAAUCGACACCGAACUGCGUGGUACCAUCCAGUUGGCGUGAUGUCGGAAGUCGUGAGAAUCGCUUUGCCGGUAAACAGCGCAACCUGGACGAUCUGUUCAAUGCGGUCCGGCUGGCCCGACCGGAGGAUGCUUCCGAGAUUGCACUCGAUGCAGCGAUUCCGGUCAAGCGAGCAAUCAAGAAGAAAACCACCAUCAAACAGCUUUUUUCGGCGGCAUCGAAAUUUCAAAAGAACCUCAAAAGGGGUAUCUAUCUGGCGUGUGUGCUCUACCACGACGACAAAUUGCUGUUAACCAACGAGGACUUUGUGCCGGUGAUAGAAAUCGAUGAAACAUUCACCAGCAAUUUGCACACGGACUUUUACUGGCUAAUGAAGGUCGCCUGCACUUGGGACGAUGUGAAGCUACUACGGUUGGACAUGGAACGGAACGCAUCCUCGGCGAUCCACUUCCGCACUAAACUGCUUUCGGCCGCCUGCCAGAUGCAGUCUGCUCUCUCUAUUACAGACCUAGGUCAAUUAUACUACAAACCGCUGCGUGAUGUGCACGGAACCGUAGUGCUGUCGUGUGUUAAUUGUAUAAAGAGCCCUAAAAGCGUAUCGGUAUUGAACUCCCGCUGGAUCCCGCUGAACAAAAUCCACAAGAAGUUAGCCAUCUCCAACGAGGACAGCAGCAUUAACGAGCUGCUAAUGAAUUCCAUUCAGGAGCAAAUCAACUACCAUCAGGUAUCCAACAUACGGCUGCCGCGUGGUCUCUACGUUGGCUAUCUCAAGAUGCAGAGCUCGGUGGAGGUCAUCCAGGUGGUGGUGCCAAUCAAAGCACCGAACGUUCUACCGCACUGCAAGAUCCGAGACAAUCCGCACGUAUCGGCCGAAGAAUGGGAACUCAUCCGACAGCACAAACAUUCCAGUAUCCUGGAGUUUCGUCCGAAGAGCCAAGGUCCGACUGAGGUACAGCUGCACUUCCUGGAGAUACUAACCAAGGCGAUGCACAAUCUGUUCCAGUACAUGGACAUUCCGGUGGAUGUGGCGGUUGUCCACCGUCUGUACGACAUCGAAGUAAUCGAACUGAACCACGACGUAAGUUUUCUGAUCGUUUGUCCACCGGCCGAAAGUAGCUGUGCUGUUCCGGGACAAAAGGAUGUUCUGCUGCAGCGUGGCGAUUUGUUUUCCAUGCCGAUUCAGGCAUUCGAAAUGAUCCAUUUGAAAACGUAUCAGCCGAGCAUUGUGCAGAAAUAUUCGCGAUUGUCCUGCAUUCUGGAGCUCGAUACCAUGAUGGCCAACCAUCUGCAUCGAGAAGCGUUCAGUUCGUCGGAACUGCAAAAGGCCAAAGAUCGACUAUCGAAGUUGCAGGACUUAUCGACUGGUUUGAACACCAUAUGGAAGGGUGUUAGGUGGUUAAUGGAUGUAAUCAGCUAUGCGAGAGAUCGAGCCAAUAUGCCGGAGCUAAAUAUGAAACAAAUUUUGGACUAUAAAAGUACAUACUUUGGAAAGAAGAUUUCAGCUGAUAAAAAAGUCGGUAGUGAGGCUAAGUUACUUCAACCGCCAGGUUGUCCACCAACAUUUCACAAGAGUAGCCCGGGACGGGGGUCAUGGCCGGGGCCGGCAGUAGAAAACUCCCUAGGCCAUAAUGGCCUCCUGGAUGCCGAACAUUCCAAGUCUGAGCAACUGCUCAAAUACAACAGUCAACGAUUUUUAGAUGCCAGCAAUGUAAAUUCCAGAAAAAACAGUGCAAUUUCUGCCUAUUCGAACUCCGCCAAUAGUUACUAUUCUGUAACGGGGGUUGAACCGGAAAAAGAUUUCGUAGUACCGAGAUUACCCCCGUCCCGAUCCGAAGACACGCUGAUCGUGGACAAGAAAAAGGUGGCGGAGCAAACGAGUAGCAGUAAAAAACGACCUCCGACGAUGUACUCCAGCUAUUCGGCAACGUCCAGCCCCCUGUUGAACGUUCGCACUUCCUUCGUAGCAACGAUCGCGUCCGUCACCAAAACAACCACCGGCGAGGACGUGGAAAACCGUGUCAGUAACGCUCCGUCAUUGAAAGUAAUCACCAAAAAGCCUCGCGAACAGACACUGAAAACACUCAACCAAAUCGAACCCUACUAUGAACCUAUCGUCACGACUUACUUGAAACCGACGCUAACCGCCCUGCAGAAUGAAGCAAAAGGUUACCAGGGCGCUGCUCUACACAUCACCGAGGAAUCGCCCAAACAUCUCCAGCAGCUUCCUCCCGAUGUAUUGGACCAUCGAGCGAUAACAGAACCGACCAUUCCGGACCUUGCUCAAUCCUCCCAACGGCGUCCAAUUCAGCCGGCCCCCGUCGUGCUGCAACCAAAACCGGUCGAAGCGAGUAACAGCAGUGAAACAAAACCACCAACCGAAUCGACAGUCGCCGGUUCCUCCGCUUCCAACAGCACAGUCGCGACUACAACACCACUAAUCACCAGUAUAGUUCAGGUGUACGCCGCCUACGAAACGGGACUGCCGAGUGGGACUUCGCUGAAACUACGAGUCACUCAGAAAACGACGGCUCGCGAAGUUAUCGAUCUGGUCGUGAAGCAGCUCAACAUGGCAGUCGUGCUGAAAGGCAAGGAAGGUCCGAUCUAUGCAGCCGAAAAGUUGGACAACUUCUGUCUGGUGGCGGUGAUCGGGGCUCGCGAACGCUGCCUCCGGGAUGAUUUUCGUCCACUGCAGCUACAGAAUCCCUGGAAGAAGGGUCGCCUGUACGUGCGGCAGAAGCAUGAUCUCCUAGCUGCGAUCGAGCAUUCCAACCGCGAUACCGCGGAAAUUUAGUGAUAUCCGUCAACCGAUCUGUGUGUAUGUUUGUGAUUGUGUUUCGUCUCUGUACAAAUAGGUUACUGUCUCUACCCCGGAUUUUUUUUCGUUAGUAAUAACAACUAGACAAAUAAACAAAUGAGACAACAAUGAAAGACACCGAUGUGAUAGAACUUGUUUUUGUAAGUAUUAAGGAUUAAGAAAGGUAGUCUAGUGUCAAUCGUCAGUUAUCUCUUUGAAACCCGCUGACGAUUGGCAAUCGGUUUGUAUUCGUUACAGAUUAGUAGACAUUUUUAAAAAGAAUUAACUUAAUAAUAGGUCGAAUGUAAGACAACCAACAGUUCUGUAUCGAAUGUUUAAUAAGUAUGUGGUAAACUGUAAAUUGAAAGCAUAGGUGAACCGACCGUUGAAGUAGAUACCAAAAAUAUACGAGUCAACUAAAUUGACUUUUAAUGAUAGAUUUAUAACAGUAAAAAUCAUUAGACAAAGGUAAAUUCCGUUCAAACAGCAGCAGAGUUUUAUUCCGUGUUUACAUGCCAUGCAGAUAUCGAAACAGUUCUAGCUGUAGUUGUACUACAUCGUAACAUGAAAACAAAGCAAACAAAAAGAGUAUUGUUAUAGUUUAGAAACAAUUUUAAAAAUCAUAUAUGUAUGACAUGUUUCCCACUAUAUAUAAUUCAAUUGUAACAAAAAAAAUAGACUUCGUAAGUUUGAUUACGAGCGAUACGAUUCGAGAGUAAAACUGAAUUAAGCAAGUUAUUAAGCGAAACUAACAGAAUCUUAUGAUGUAAUUGAAUCAAAAGAAUUUACCAAUUCCUUCGUCGUCAAAGAAUCAAUUGAAAUACAAACAGAAUAAAUGUCAGAAGAUUGAGAGUAACACUCACAUCGAGCUUAUCCCUCCAUAAAAGCGAUAGGAAUGGAAAAAAAACAAGCAUAGCAUUGAUAUAUCUAAAUCCUCCGUUGAUUCCUUGGUAGAACUAAAAACAAAAGAGCUAAGCAACAGUAAUGAAGACAACGUUUUAUCAUCAGUGUAGAGAGCAUGACACAAAAUGGAACGGGAAAUUAUAUAUGGUGUAAAUACAAAGGAGGAACAUAGUUUGUAAGAAAAGAUGCUAGAAUACGCGAACAUCUGCAGCUAAAAUAUUCGAUAUUACACACAAAAAUCACAGUAAUAAAAUCCCAAUAGAAUGUACCUUUGAAGUCUAUAGGAUUGUGCACCAGAGAUUCUCUAAUACAUGUUGAAAAAAAAUUAAA